UGCACUUUUAUCGAGUCCGCAGUAGCUUAAUCUUCUAAUAAAUACGACUAAUUCAUUCACUGGUAACAGUAUCAGUAUGCCAAAUUUCUUAAAGACGGCCGCUGAGAGUUCGUGUCCGAGUUUCCUCGACAACUAGUUCUUUAUCAGGUUGUUGUUUUACAACAACAAGUGUAGUGAACGUGAUGUCUCUGACUCCAAUAAUGAUCAGAAGAAACUGCACUACUAUCGGACGAAGAAAAUGCGUUUUCGUGGCAGGCGCACGGCGCCAUUUCUUCUCGCUGAGGACGGUGAUCGAAGACAGACGGCCUCUGUUCUGUUUUUUCUGUGGUGUGCUUCUGUUAAGGCUGGAGUGUAAAUGAAAAAAGCAAGCUAGCACCGACAGUACGUAGGCACAGGCAAUAUCGUUGUUGGUUCCAAGUAUUCUUUCUUCUGAUCUCAAAUUUGUUUGAUAAUCUUCUUACAUAGUUCCAGUGUCGUGAUAAAGACUGACUGACUGCAUACGGAAGCAGUAUACUCUGAAAAUUCAAAAUUUGAAAUUUGCUCCUAAAAAUCCAGAAAAAUUUGAUUAUAUCUAAGUUCAUUCGAAUUCAUUUCCUGGCGACAGCUUUGGAUCCACAUUCGACUUUGUCUGGGAUUUUUAUCUCAAAAUUUAAAUUUUUUUCUUGAAUCCAUAAAUUUUUGAUUUUAUCUCAUUUUAUUCAAAUUCAUUUCCUGGCGACAGGUUUGCAUCUACAUUCAACUUUCUCUGGGAAUUAUGUUGCAAAAUUUGAAAUUUUUUGUUAAAUCCAUAAAUUUUUGAUUUUAUCUCAUCUUAUUCAAAUUCAUUUCCUGGCGACAGGUUUGCAUCUACAUUCAACUUUCUCUGGGAAUUAUGUUGCAAAAUUUGAAGUUUUUUCUUAAAUCCAUAAAUUUUUGAUUUUAUCUCAUCUUAUUCAAACUCAUUUCCUGAGGACAGGGUUGCAUCCACAUGCAAAGGAGAUGUAAACGUGCUGACAGAAGUCGUUUAGAGUUUGUAGAAUGCUAUAGGAUUAGUUCUAAAGAUUGAAAAAUUGGACUUUUUUAACACGUGGAUGGUACUAAACUACUUGUACUUAUGUAACUACUAGCGAGAGGCAGUAUUCUUCCGGCCUCGCAUGAUCCUUCUCGAAUUCCGACCCUCAGACCAAUGCACUCGAGGAUAAAAGACAUUCGACAGGUCUAAUUCUAGGCGCUUUGAUUCGACCCCCAGCUGUCCAAUCGGUGCCAGAAGCACGGCAGGAGAUGCUCUCCUUGUUGCUAAAAGCCCCAGUGGUAAGCAGUUUCUAUCUUUUCUGCACCUCGACAUCAUCGCCACCUGAGUUGGGCGAGUAGGUUAGCGUGAGGAUCAAUGUACCACCGCUAAUACGCGAUCUCGCCAGGCGCAUAACGCCGAAAGAAUUCGGAAGUCCAAGCAGACAAGAACUAGUAAGUAGUAUGAGGACUCGCAAAGCAU